CCGCAAGGACAGCUAGGAAAUAUGUCAGAAUAUGAAAAUGUUGUUGGUGGGAAGCUGAAGCUGAAGGGAAAAGCCUUGGAUGUUAAAGUUGGUGGAGUAAAGAAGAAAAAGAAGCAGAAGAAACAUUAUGAUGAAAUAACUGAAGUCAAGGGGAAGGAGCUUUCAACAGUUGGAAGUACAGGGAUGUCCGAUACUAGUGAGGCUAUAAAUGAGGCCAACCAAUUGAGAGGGGAUGGAAAUGUUCCUACUCAUGAUGAUCAUCUCACACCUGCUGAGAGGCGGUCUCUUGAGCAGAGGGAGAAAAUUGAACUCCAAAGGCUGGCCAAGACUUCCAAUAAAUCACACCGUGAUCGCAUUCAGGACUUCAACCAGUAUCUGGCAAAUAUGAGUGAGCACUAUGACAUUCCUAAAGUUGGCCCAGGCUGACUUGGCAAACUUUAUGAAUGCAAAAACUGCCCAGGACUCACCAAGUAUGUAAUUUUAAAGGUCCUCUAUUUUCUUUUUUCUCUUGUGAGGGCACUUCCCCUGUUUCACUUAUGUCUGUGCAGUGCAUAUUUUUCCAUUCUUCCAUUUAACAAGAUUGUAUUGAUUUCUGCUGGUCUUAUCUUUUAAAAGAAUCUCCUUGUAUUCUGAGAUCUA